GCGAGAAGGCGACGUCGGCGUCACGUGAGGCGUUUGUUGACUUCCUCGAAAGGCGGGAGGCGGGGCGCCCGGGAACUUCCCGCGGCGGCGGCGGCGGCGGCGGCGGCGUGCGGUAGCGCCGUGGGGGCGGGCCCGCGACACGGAAGCGAUGGGAGCCCUCGGGGGCCCGAGCGGAGACCGUGGCUGCCGGUGCUGCCUCUUUGCCGAGGUGGCCGCCCGUGACUGACGAGCCUGGCCGAGCGAGGGCCGGAGAGCUGUCAUGGAGGAGUUGGUAGAAGAUGACAUCUGUAUUUUAAACCAUGAAAAAGCAGACAACAUUCAUAAGAGAGAUGGGGAAGUUCCUGUUUCAUGUUAUAGUGGAGAUGAGUCUGUUGCCUCACACUUUGCCCUUGUCACUGCCUAUGAAGAUAUCAAGAAACGGCUAAAGGAGACAGAGAAGGAGAACUCCCUCUUAAAGAAAAGAGUGAGAAUUCUGGAAGAGAAGCUCCUUGGCUCCCGACUGGAAGAGGACUGCGGUUCCGUUGGACGUGAACAAGUAAAUAAGGCUUACCAAGCCUAUCGAGAGGCCUGCAUUGACAGAGAUAAUCUGAAAAGCAAACUGGAUAAAAUGAUGAAAGAAACUUCAGAAUCCUUGAAAAUCUUGAAUGAGCAGUUGCAGUCUAAAGAAGUAGAACUCUUACAGCUAAGAACUGAAGUGGAAACUCAACAAGUCAUGAAAAAUCUGAAUAGUACUCAGUCUAGCUGGGAAAUAGAGAAGCUGAACAAUGACCUGAAAGUGCAGAGUCUGGAACAGGAUCUAGAAAAGCUCAAGAAAGAGUGCAACAGUCUCAGAAAGGAACUGCAAAAAUCCAAGCAGAAGGACCAGGCUCAAGGAGAAAAUCCACUAAAUGGAGACCACCGUCAAAGCCAAAACAUUCAGAGUGUGCAACAAGCAUAUUGGGAACUGAAGAGAGAAAUGUCUAAUUUGCACCUAGUGACUGAAAUGCAAGCUGAGGUUCUACGAAAGCUGAAAACAAAUCCAACAGCAACGAAGAAAGCUGCUGCUUCUGCACCAGUACAGUGUGUUGAAGACUUGGAGAAGAACCUUACAAAGUUGCAUUUGACUACAUCUGGGGUAGUCUAUAAAAAAACAUCUCUUUCACAAAAUGAUCAAGUACUCUGCAAUGCUAUAGCCUUCCCUCCGCUGAGAGAUGUAAAAAUCCCAUCUGAAGGAGUGACUCUGCAAGCAUGGACAGAUGAGAGACCUAUUCCAGUUGAUGGUAAAACAUUUCAGGAACACCAUUCUUAUGGAAAGAGCUCUCUGGAAGAUAAUUCCUGGGUAUUCCCAAGUCCUCCAAAGCCUAAUGAGAAUGUGUUUUGGGAAAUGAAAAACAAAACAUCCCUGUUAAACUGUCCAGCAGAUUACCUGGAUCAGUGUAAUCAAAAUUGCCUGCACAAGAGUUAAGCAAUUUUUAGAAUGAACUGAAGCAUUUUUAGAGUGGUUCUGAAUAGGCACCUUACUGCUGGAACUUUUUAAAGAGGGAAAACAAUUGGCUGAAACACUUUUUUCUUUCUUUCUUUCUUUCUUUCUUUCUUUCUUUUUCUUCUUCUAGUUCCAAAACAGAAAGCCUAGUCUUUCUCUGCUGUAAAUUAAGGAGCAAGUUCCUUGAAGUUAAAGCUGUGCUGGUAUAAUGUAAAUGUAAACAAAUCUAGCAUGAGGCUUAGAUAGUUUUUCACUGCAAAUGGCAUGCAUUUGCAGAAAAUUACACUGAAAAGUUAGUUCUUGGAAUAAAACAAAAUAAUCCAGUUCUUUAUUUGUUUGCUAUUUGUAUAUUCUCAAGAAAAUAGUUGGUAUCCUAUGUUGGUUAUAACAGCUCUGAGCUACUUUUUGACAGUGUUUUUUCUCAGAUUAAGACGUAAGACAAAGAAUUCAAGUAUCUCCUCUUCCCUCCUUUCAGUUAUUCGAUUCCUCUGGUUUAGAAAUACAUUUCUGUGUGAUUUUUAUAAAAACAAAUAGGGAUUUUUUUGAAAACUUGAUUUUAUAUUAGAUAAUGGCAAGAGGAAAAAAAAAUACUCCCAGGCUAUCCCAUUUAGAUUGCACCAUUAUGGGCCUUAUUGCGAACUAUAAAGGAUCAUAAGUAAUGCUGCUGAAAGUCAGAAAUCUUAGCUGUUCAGCUUUCUCUCAGUUCAUACUGAGGAAACUGAUUCUAUUCUACGCACAGUGGUGCCUGCCACAGAAUCAUCCUAUUCACAAUGCAGUUAUCUUUAUUGUGCCUCCUUUGCACAUCACCAGAACCUUGACAUUUUAUUUGUGUGGUUGUUAAGGCUGCUAAUUUUCUUUCAUUAAAGAAACAAAGCCUUAAUUUAAUCAGACUAGAUGUUUUAGUAUUGUUGAUAUACGUAAGAGUAAUUCUUGUGGUGUCUUUAAUAUGCCACUGAAACUAAAGUUAUUUGAAUUGCAACUGCCUGCUUUAUAGAUUGAGUGUCCAAGUAAUACUUCUGUUUUUUCUAUUAAGCCAAGAAUUUUUUUUAGACAAAUACAAUUUAUGCUUAUUUUUUUUUAAACUGCUCUGCUUAAUAUUUGGCUUAAUAUAACAGAGUUAAGUGAAAUGCCUUGACUACUCAAUAACUUGAAGGAAAAUGCUGUGUAUUUUAGAUCUUUGGUAUCUAACUUAUAAGGGGUGGGGAAGUUGAUUAAUACUGUUAUUUACAGGUGUGUGGAGGGUGAAGCAUUCAACUUCACAGGUCCAGCUUCAGUAUAAUAAAAAUUAAUUUCACAGCUGUUUAGUAGCAAAUUAUCUUGAAAUUACUUGCAAAUACACGGCAAAGCUAUGCUACAGUCAUAACCAUCUUAGUGAUGGACUGUAAAAGUGUUAUCUAACUGACGUGCUACACAAUCUGUGUGGUUCCAGACACUUUCUUCCCUGUGGAUUAAGUACUUCAUAUGAUGCCCAUCUUCUUGUGUUUGAGUUUGUCUAUCAAAGUUUGAAGAAUCUUUCAGAUAUUUUCUACCAUAUUAUUGAACAGCAUACAUAAAUAAUGCUUCCCAUUCACUAGAUACUGUUUUUAUCUUUCUAUUAUCUUGCUCACGUAUGCGGGCUUGUCUGUGAUUAAUGGAAAUGGUAUCAGAUGCUGGAAUUUAUUCUGACCAAUGAACACAGCUGACUCGGGGGAGUACAAUCUCUUGGAAAGUAAUAGAACAAAACCCAAUAUGCAUAAAACAAAUCCAAGUCACUAGGCUUUAGCUGAUAGAACCAACUACCUGUGUAAUAACAAAGCAGCAGAAACCAUUUCUCAUGUGGCUGCGUAGACUAUAUUGUAUCUAGUUCUAAUGUAACUUACUUUUUGAGGUGACCCUCCCUUCAUUACAAAGAUUUUUUUUAAAGUAAUGUUAUCCAACAGACAUCAAUCUGAUUAAUAUUUCAAAUUGUGCAACGAAGGAAUCCUACUGUGUAAGAUUUUAAAUAAAUUUAUUUUUAUUUGAAA